AAACCUUUAGCAAAUAAGAAAUUCUCAAAGAAAGAAAUUCGUAGAAAUUUACAGAAAAACAAAAGCCACAUUUCAGCAAGUUCCAUUGUUUCACUUGUGAAAUUAGAGCUAGCUAGAUAGCUCCCACAUCAGAUAAAGAAAGAAAGAGAGAAAGUAAUGGCUUUGGAGAACUGCUUGCAGCUGAGCACAGUGUGCACUACAAGAGUUGGUGCUGCUGCACAAUGCCACCAUCCAUUUUCUUCCAUGGGCAAGUUUGUUGUGCCGAUUUGUAAUGGUUUGAAGAAAUCUGCUUUGAAAUUCUCUUCAUCGUCUUCAUCGUUUCCUCAUUCCAGCAAAUCACAGAAAUCCCGCUUCAUUUGCAAAGCUCGUGAAGCUCUCAAUGAAGUUCAAGUGGUGAAUGAUUCAAGUUGGAGUAGUCUUGUGAUUGCAAGUGAGAACCCAGUUCUGGUGGAGUUUUGGGCACCGUGGUGUGGACCGUGCCGGAUGAUUGCGCCGGUGAUCGAUGAACUGGCAAAGGAGUACGCCGGGAAGAUAUCUUGUUUCAAGCUCAACACAGAUGAGAGCCCCAACACUGCCACUCAGUACGGUAUAAGGAGCAUACCAACUGUGCUCUUCUUCAAGAAUGGGGAGAAGAAAGAGAGCGUUAUUGGUGCAGUGCCAAAGUCCACAUUGUCUGCAACCAUUGAAAAAUAUGUAGAUCUUUAAUCAAAUCAUGUAUAUAAUAUAAGACUUCCAUUCUUGUGCUCAUGAAGCUGUUCUUCUUAAUCUUAACUUCUCCCUUCGAAUUAUUCAUAUAAUUUCCAUUUUUAUUGUAUGCAAGUUUUUCCCACAAA